CUCAUAAUAUAAGUAUUAGUCCAAAACGUACAAAAAUGUAUCAUACCUAGAUAACCAUCCGGAUUGUUCAGUUCACAGUGAUACACUAUACAACUUCAAUUAUGAUGAAAACGAAAUGUUACUAUUUUUUUUUAUCACUUACCCUUGUCAGUUUAUUGACAUUUUCAGCAGUUGACUGUUCUGUUCACAAUCAUCCAUAUGUGAUAGAUGUUAGAUUUACUAACUAUGCCUUCCAACAUUGUUCAGGAGAAACUUUGGCCGUUUUAAUUGAUGUAUUUGUUCGUAGACAACAACUGCCGAUGAGAGAACUAUCUUAUAUGUUUGCUGUACCAGACAAAGCAGAUACUAAUUUACAGCAAUCCAUUGAUCGUGAGGUUGAAAUUCGAAAUGAGUUAUCUAAUAUAUCGACUAUUCCUGAGCCUGUAUUUGACGAAGUUGCAGAUAUUUCUUUAUUAUCAGGUCUUGGAGCUGAAAGAAGAGUUCUGGAUAGAUAUGCUAUGCGGGUUGCAAUAAGAAAACUAUUAAAAAAAAAAACUAUGGAUGAACAAUUGUGUCGCUCGUUAGGAUUACUCAGAAGUGUACUAGACCCAGAAUCAUAUAUAACUUCUUUUCGUAUCCAGUGCGAGACAUGUAUCAUAAUUUCAAGUGCAAGCAACCCUCCAAACAGUAGCAAAUUCAAAUAUAUUGAUGGCGUGCUUUGUCAAGUUCAGAUCGGUGUUACCAAUCGAACAGAACUAUUUUCUUAUGAUCAGUUGCGGUGAUACAGACCAGUAAAAUGUACGAUUUAUAUAUUGCUUAUGAUCAUAUACAAAACGAUAUCGUAUAUUUGAAUACUUUUUAGUAUCAUAUUAUAAUACUUCAAAUAAUGUUUUAAUACCGCACUUACAUACAAUAUAUAAAAAAAAUAUAAAAUGCACUUCAUAAUAAAUAG